CAUCUCUUAUCUUUACUACACCAAAUUCAACCUUGCACGGUUGCUCUCAUCCUGAAAAUGUCAGUUUCGGUUGACUCUCCAGAACACAGCAUAAACCCAUUUUCUCAUCUCCUCAACAGCAUUUCCUCCUAUGAUGGCAAUGUAAUGCUUGCUGCGGUCAUAUCUUUGCUUCUUGUCAUCCUUUUUGUGCUGCUUCUCCAUGUCUACGCCAAAUGGUUCUUGGCUCAAGCUCGCCAAAGAAGUCGAUCUUCUUCCAUGUCUGUAUCUCACGUCUUCCGCCCUGAUCGGUUCCACCAUUUCCAUGCAUCCGCUUUUGAAACUACCUUUACGAGCUCCUCAUCAAAGGGCCUCGAUUCGUCCGUCAUUUCAUCCAUUCCAUUGUUUGUUUACAAAAUGGAUGAAUACAAGCAUGGUUUAGAGUGUGUUAUUUGUUUAAGCGCAUUUGAUGACAACGAUGUUGGUAGAAAUUUACCUAAGUGUGGGCAUGGUUUUCAUGUGGAGUGCAUUGACAUGUGGCUGCAGUCUCACUCAAAUUGCCCUAUUUGCAGAACUCCUGUGUUGGAUAAUGAUAAGGUUUCAGUUGUUAUUUCAGCAGAUUCUCAAGUGAGUUCUAAUCCGGAGAGCAUGGGAGAAUUAUUGAACGGUGAGGUUGGAAUGAUUGAUGGAAACUCUAGAUUGGACAAUCUGACAGAUUUAUCCGACACUGAUAAUAAUCGACAAAUUGCGGCUGCCAAUGAUGAUAAUCGUUCAGCAUCCUCUUCUUCUUUGACUACUCUGUCAUCUUCCCUGGGUUGCUCUUUGAAGAGAAUGUUGAGUAGGAACAGAUCAGAGCGCAAAGUUUUCCCCUCAUCCAGCGCCAGUGAGCUUGAGGUUUGAGAAAGACAAAAGAGUGUUCUUUCCCUGGUAAUUUUCAUACCAGCACUUUGUAGACAGCUUUGUAUAGAUUUCUUGGGAACUUGUUAUCAUCUUUCUCCGACUUCUCAUUGGGCCAGGUGAUUAAAACUAUAAUUUUAGUUCAUUUCAUUUAUUACAAGCUUUUU